GCUGGUCGGACGAGCCUGCAGCUGCGUUUAGACGCAUUUCAGCCGUGGCUACGCAUUGACUGUGACAACUAAAGUUCGAACCGUUCGAACGGUAAAAAAGGUGGAAAAGGAAAAAAGGAAAAAAGGAAGCCUAUCUUUCCAUCGGUAUUUAGUGUAAAUUGCUGUGUCGUUUAUAGGAUUAUAAAUGACCGCCAUCACUAAAGACUUCAUUGACAUCAAUCUCUCCACCGAUGAGUUGAUGCUGAAAGAGCUCGAGCGGCGCGAUGGCAUCUAUUCGUUCAUUUUUCACGAACUAGAAGUACCCAAAGCGGAAACACCAACAGCCAGCAUAUCGCCUGUCAAGCUGAUUGACAGAAGUUAUGGAGCAACAAAAGCGCCAACAACAAAUGGAAACGAAAUCAGUGACAACACCGACAGCAGCAAUGGCACCGAUAACAACAACGCGUCCGAUAAGUACAAAAUUCGCACAGAAACUGUGCUCAUUCAGCGUUCGAAUGUAAUUUGCCACUCAAAUAGUACAUUAACAGCAACAGCAACAAAAACAAAAACAAUGAUUUACACCGCACCGACAACAACAACGCUUAUCAACACCUCACCAAACAACAAGAGUCCGACAGCAGCCGAACCCGCCACCUCAUCAAGCGCAAUGCCAAUCAUUUUACCAAGCAUAUUUACAACAACACCACUGUCAACAACAACAGCAUGCACCACACCGAUCACAAACGGUAAUGUAUUGCCACCCGCCGCUUGUUUCCCAAGCCUCAGUGGCAUCAACAUGCGCAGUUAUCACGAACACUUCAAGACCUGGCAUCCGCCGGCCACCCUCGUCUACGACAAUCCCAAACUCUAUGCGUAUAUGGCUAAUUGUGGCUUUCGUGUGCGCCUGGCCACACCGCGUUUCUCGCACAUCUCGGCGCCUUUGGUGCGCAAUCGCCGACACGCGCUCAAGGAGACCCCUCAGUACAAGCGAAUGUCGGAGAUGUGUAUGUGUGCGCCGGUCGCCGAUUUGCGUGCGCUCUUCCCGCUCGAUCCCGAUGUGCAUGCCCCCUUUGCAACGUCGGUAGGUGGUGUGGAGGACAUGACUAUGACAGAUGUGAAUGCGGGGGUUGUGGAGUUGUCUGAGACCCCUUGUUGUGUUGGCGGAACUCUGAUGCAGGACACGCCGCUACUUAAGUGACCGAUGUUAGAGUUUAUAAUCAUUAAAAUUAAUAAUGUUAUUAUAAAAGUAGAAACAUUAUAGUCUUAUCUCCAGACAUGACAAUGAGUCUAUAAUGUUAACAGUCCUCAUAUAUUUACCUUAAAAAUUAAGUUUUUUCCUACAUAUGUAUCUAAACAUAUGGAACCCAAUAAAUUGUAGUAAAUAAACACAAGUGGCCUGCAAUCACUCAAAUCAAAACACUUGAAAGUUGCACAAAUCGAAUCAAGAUUGGAAAGCUUCUGUGAAAGUUGUGGAGAAAGUUUAUUCACCGGUCCAAAACGAUGAAAAGGAAAAGUGAACUAACAUCACUGCUACGCAAAAGAAACUGUGGCUCUCAAAGAGAAAAUGCAAUUUCCUUACAAGUGAUGAAUGAAAAUAUGAAUAUAAGCAACUCUGAAAACUAUCACAUAAAUAUAUAUUUACAUGUAUGUAUGGCUAUCGAAAUUUAAGGUGGUCUGUUUUUUCGAUUAAUUAUUAUUUUUUUACUUUAAGAAAUAUUUUAUUAAUAACAAAUAUAUUAUUAAUAUUUAUAAUAAAUUAUUUUUACUAUUUGCAGAAGUCUUAUAAUUAAGGUCCUAUCUAGAUCCUAACAAGAAUCUACUUUUUUCCGCUCUAAAGGAAAUAGUCAUCUAUGUUUCUUCAACCUCGAGAGAGCCUUAUUAGAACAGGAGUCUUUGAGAGUUCAAAAUAUAAAAUUUACCUCAAUAUGUAAAUUAAGAACAAACAUCAAACUGAAAAUUUGAGAUCCUUACAUAUUUAAGAACAUCCCAAGAGACUUCAUAUAGUCUUAACGGCUUUACAAAAAUAAAUAUUUAGCAAUAUAUCAUUACUAUCUCGUCGAAUAACUAAAAAAUGUGAAAAAUAAAGAUUGAAACAGUUUUGCAACACAUUCCAAAAUAAAUAAAAAUUAAAUAUUGCCUUAGUUUGUCAAACUGAGAGCUAACUUCUUUAUAUUAACAGUAUGCCUCGGGGUUUCUUUCGUUAUAUGGAUUGAGCUGCUGCAUUCGACUUUUUAAUAGCAUUAGAGAUGAACUGAGACUAUAUGAACUUAAUACAGUAAUCCCCGCUUAAGUGUCCCUUCUUAACAAGACUUUUGGAGACACUUAAA